AUGGAUUCGAAAACAGAGGGAUACAAUGAAGCCAUCGAGCAGCUUAGAGAUACUCAAUUUCCGAUGCUCAAGGAUUCAAUAUAUCUUGACCAUGCCGGAACAACUGUGCCGUCGAAAGCGCUGAUGGAUGUAUUCGCAUCCGAAUUGACAUCGGUGCUGUACGGCAAUCCGCAUUCCGGGUCGCUACCCUCUCAGCUCUCUACAGACCAGGUUGACGAUGUAAGGCUGCGGCUGCUGGAAUUCUUCAAUGCGGAUUCGGAUGAGUAUGACCUUGUAUUCGUUGCCAACGCUACCGCUGGCGUCAAACUGGUGCUGGAUGGCUUGCGAAGUAUCCCAGGUGGCUUCAACUAUGCCUACCACCAGGCGUGCCACACGAGCCUUGUUGGCGUCCGUGAAGAGGCAAAGCACAGUGUGUGCCUAAACGACGAGCAAGUGGAAGGGUGGAUAAAUGGGGACAGCCUGCUUGCGGAUGACCAGUCGUCUACUGCGAUGUUUUCUUACACAGCACAAUCACACAUGGAUGGCCAACGGUACCCCAUGUCCUGGGCCCGAGACAUCAAGGCCGCGCACCAAGCAUAUACUCUCUUGGAUGCUGCGUCCCUUGGAGCGACAUCUCGACUUGACAUGUCACAUCCUGAUUUCUCUGCCGACUUCGUCGUCUUGAGUUUGUAUAAAAUAUUUGGAUUUCCGGAUUUGGGUGUCCUGCUUGUGCGCAAGUCGUCCGAGCAUUUAUUUGACAAGCGAAAAUACUUUGGAGGGGGCACGGUCGACAUGGUCGUCGCCGGCAAAGAACAGUGGCAUGCGAGGAAGACUGGCUUUUUACACGAACGCCUUGAAGAUGGCACCCUGCCAUUUCAUAACAUCAUCGCCGCUGGGGUAGCUCUCACAACCCACAAAUCAUUGUUUGGAUCGAUGGACCAAGUUUCCCGGCAUACGGAGUAUUUAACUCGUCGUUUACACAACGGGCUAGAGAAGCUACAGCACGGAAAUGGACGUCUUGUCUGUACUCUAUACACGCCGAGCCGAGCGUCGCAGCCCACAGGACCAGUGGUGUCUUUCAAUAUCAGAAGCAGCCUUGGCGCUUGGAUUCCUCUCGGCGAGUUUGAGAAGCUUGCCAUUAUCAACAAGGUUCAUAUUCGGACAGGAGGCCUCUGCAACCCAGGCGGCAUCGCAGCGGCCCUAGAUCUACAACCCUGGGAAAUGAAGAAGAAUUUCUCAGCCGGAUUUCGCUGUGGCUUGGACAAUGAAAUCAUGAACGGCAAGCCCGUGGGGGUUAUACGAGCCAGCUUUGGAGCCAUGAGUGUCGAAGCGGAUGUGGAUGGUUUCUUGGAUUUUAUGGAGGAAUUCUUCGUUGAGGCCAACACCCCUCAACUUCUAGAAGACGUUUCAAUGUCAGCAAACUCGAUCGGCAAGCCCCCACUACGUGUCAAGUCCAUCACCGUCUACCCAAUCAAGAGCUGUGGGGGGUUCAUAGUGCCUGCAGGGACGAAUUGGCCCAUACGAUCCGAGGGUCUUGCAUGGGAUCGGGAAUGGUGUCUCUUGCACAAGGGCUCCGGGCAGGCCUUGAGCCAGAAGAGAUAUCCGCGAAUGGCUUUGAUCAGGCCAACUUUGGAUUUCGACGCAGGCAUCUUACGCAUAGACUGCAAAGGCAGUCUGCGAGUCAAGCGCCUGCUGCCUGGAUCAUUCCCUGAGGAUGUACCGUCGCCACCUGACUCUGACUCUGAGCAGCAAAGGGUCCAAACAAAAAUUCUGCUGGCCAACGAAAGCCCAAUUCUCAUGAUUCACUCUGCCAGCGUCGACGCAUUAAAUGAGGCCAUUGCACAGCACGGUGGCCCGUUAGCUACGACGGCCGCAUUUAGAGCCAAUGUUGUACUGGAAGGGUCACAAGGAAGUGAUAACUUGGAUCGACGGCCAGCAUACUCUGAAGACUCAUGGCGCAAGGUUCGCAUUGGCGAUCAAAACUUCUCGCUACUAGGCGCAUGCAGACGCUGCCAGAUGGUAUGUGUCGACCAGGAGACUGGAGAACGUAAGCAAGAACCCCUGGCUACGUUGUCCAAGACAAGACGCUUUGAUGGGAAAAUCUACUUUGGAGCACACAUGAAGCACGACGAGGCAGAAUGCCCGUCAGAGGCAAACCAGCACCCCACAAUUCGCGUCGGGGCACGCGUGGUAGUGGAUGGAUAG